AUGGCUUAUCUAAGAAUUCAGCAUGUAAUAGGCGAUAAGACACGCACUUCUAGCUGUGGAGGGUUCCUGAUUCAGCCAGAUGCUGUGCUCUCAGCAGCUCACUGUGUGAAAGUGAAUAUCACUGUGAUCCUGGGAGCCCACAACAUAAAUAGUCAAGAACCAACCCAGCAGCAGUUCCAUGUUGGCCACUGGGCCAUCCAUCCUGACUAUUCAGAUGAAACCUAUCUAAAUGACAUCAUGCUGCUCAAGCUGCAGCCCAAGGCCAAGUGGACUAAGUAUGUGCAACCUAUCUGCGGGCCAAGGCACAACCAAGAUGUGAAACCAGGAACCACAUGUGAAGUGUCUGGCUGGGGCCAAACAUCUGUGACAGGGGAUAAGACUGAUGUGAUGAGGGUGGUGGACCUGAAGGUGCAGGAGGACAAGGUGUGUGAGUGCUCUUUCACACGAUACAGACAUCAGUCUAUGAUCUGUGCUGGUGAGGAGCGUGGCAGAAAAUCAACUUCCAAGGGUGAUUCUGGUGGCCCAUUAAUCUGCAAUGGGAUGCCUCAUGGCAUUGUUUCUCAUGGACUUCAAAAAAGUCUCUUCCCUGAAGUAUUUACCAGAGUCUCCUAUUUUGAACGCUGGAUACAUAAACAGCUGCAGAAGUUUGAGCUCCAAGAACUCCCCGACUCCUCUGACUAA